AUGGAAAAGCCUAACAACGGCGGCCGCUUGCGAGUUACCGAGCUGCCUGCGGAGAUUUUGAGAAUUAUUUUGUCUCACUCAGCCGAUAUUGGCAGUCUGGAUUCGACAGUCCACUCCUGCGGCACCUUGUUUCACGCGUUUUACGCCUUCCCAGCGCCCAUCGUCACAGCGAUUGUCCAGCGAGAGAUCGGGAAGGACUUGCUGUUUGAAGCUGCGCGCUUCACAAGAGCCGUAGAUCUCUUGCGGUCUCAGAAUCGCUUGGUGGUAGCCAACGUCUCAUUCGCCGAGUUCCUACGCCGAGACCAAGAAACACCGCAUCAUUUCCGCUGGACUCUGCAUGGGGCCUACUCUGUAAUCCAACUGCACGAGAUCGUGAAGUCUUCAUCAUUGAGGAUCGAAUCAGAGAUAUUCGCACGUAUUCAAUCCAUCCACCCCCACGUGGAGAUAAAGCCCGCCUCCAGCACAGAGCUCCUCCGCAUUCAGCGGGCGCUGUAUCGAUUUGAGACCUAUCGAAUCUUGUUUCCUCAGCAUCAGCAUCUUGAACACGAUUACCCAGACGAUGGCUCAGAUAACAUGGACGAUCUAGAUGGUGGGAUGAAGGCGCAAAUGCAGUUCCUUGCUGGCAGCCCUCCAUGGGAGAAUGAACAGCUUGGCUGUAUUUACGAGUCACUUUGGCGCCUUAUUGCCCAAGUGUACAACGACGUGGCUCUACACAGCAUCAAAGGCUGUCGCACCGCUCUUUACUAUGGGGACGCACGCAUUGAAUAUCUACUAGCCCGAGGGCUAAAAGAGAUAAAUGACAUUUCACUUUGCAAUACCUGGGCGGAACGACAUGAUCUACUGGGAUUUGACCGACCUGACGAACCUGUCUGCGACUUUGGCGGCUUCUUACGCGAAACAUUCGAAUACUACGAAGGCCACUGUUUGAUCGAGUACUCUCAAAUGACGGGGGCCCAUAAAGACACUCACUAUCCAGUCGGCCGGGACACAACUGAAGACGGGCCACGUAGGACCUGGGACUGGGUGACCCAAAGAUGGUCAGGGCAACCCAACUUUGAAGCUCGCAAGCGAAUCGUCCUGGUAAUGGAGACAGCUCGUCUCAGAGCCUGCGGCUACGUCUUUUGGGAUGAAGAACGAAUGGUUGAGCUUGGUUGGAUGAAUCCGACAUUAAUGGACUGGCACAGCGACGCGCUCAGAUUCAUUGACAACCCGCCAACAUAG